AUGACGAUGAAGUAUGAGCCAAAGAUCGGCGUGCCGGCCAUGGCUGUCGCCUCGGGGGCCUUUUUGUCAGGCGCCAUGAUGAGCCUAUCGGUAUUCUCAAUCCCCGUUAUGCUGGGUACGAAUGCCGACGCGGGACACACAGCUCAACAGUGGGCUCUCCUGUACCACUAUGGGCGCAUGUACAUGCCUGCCCUCUGUAUCGCCACCUGCGGUUUCUAUUGUGCCGCGAUUCUCGGCACGAAAAGCGCCAGUCGAAAGUACAUCAUGGCAAUUGUGACGACCGUCGGAAUGAUUCCUUUUACGUGGCUCGCCAUGUCGCCGACCAACACCUUGCUCUUCGGGCUGGACGAGUCAUCGAGGGCUGGAUCGAUUGUCGAGCAGAGACUUGUUAGCGGACUUGCGGUGAGGUGGGCUUGGCUGCACGUUACACGGUCGAUUUUCCCCCUUGUCGGUGCAUUUCUAGGUUUCACAGGCCUUUUGCAGGAGUUGGCUGGUUGA